AUGCAAAGGUCUACUACGCUAACGCUUGACUCUGCUAAGGCUCUGCGUUCGAAUUUGAUUCAGCGGCCAAAAGCCAGAUCUCCAUUGCUGAUGCUUUCUGCAGAAAAGGAUGGUUGUCGUAGUAAUAGUGUGUACAACCCAUACAAUGAUAGGGUUUACGAGACGAAGAGUGACUUUUCAGGGUAUCGAUUCCUGGGAAACUCAGAUGUAUUUAGCGAGAAGAGGAUCGAUCUUCCACCACUAGAAUCAUUUAAGGGUAGCCAUUUUAAGAUUUGGCGUGAAGGAGAGGAGAAUGUCAAGCAUAUGCUAAUGGAUGAUGAGGAUCCAUUUCGUGAUGAAUUUCCUCAUGCUGCCGAAGAUCUGAGAGGUCGUUUGUGGGUUGACGACAAGAAUGGAAACUACGUUGUUGUGUGGCAGUUUGAAAUGUACCCAUUUCUAGGGUUUUGCAGGACAGGGGAUGAUCAUUACCGCGAGAUUCCAACAGAGCUCGAGGUUCAGAGGGAGUUACGAGGUUUAAACGAUAUGGUACUGAAAGGUUACAAUCUUUACGUCUAUGCCACCCGUGAGUUCAUUCGACACUUAGAUUUGUCUGGACAAGAUGAAGAUGGUUUCAAGGAUGUAUCCGAGAAACAUAGGCUUCCAAUGUGGAUGCCAAGUAUGACAAUGAAGGAACGUGAACGUAUGAAGCAAAAGAGGUCUAUCCCAUCUAACAAAGGCAUUGCUGUUACAAGAGCAGGUCAAGUUUUGGUUGUCUUUACGUACGAUUUAGGUACCUCUGAAAGUCACAGGAUGUUCCAUCUGUACAAGAGGGAUCCUAAAGAUCUUGACCCGAAAACCCUCGACACCCGGCUUCUUGAGGUACAUUCUCUAGGUGAUGAGGCCCUCUUCUAUGAUUUGGGUAUUACCGUGCCUGCUGACCAUACCCUUGGAAUUGAGCCUAACUCCAUUUAUUUCACUCGUGAUGAUCGUAUCUGUCACAAUAAAUUGUCAUGCCUCGACAUCGGUGUCUUCAAUCUUGCAACAAAGACCGUCAAACGCUUCCACGGUCUCUCCAACUUCAACUUCAACGAUGCUCAGUGGUUUCUUCCUUCUUGAUUCUAGCCUUCUCCAUGGUUUCUCCCUCGGCCUUGCUCUGUUUCUUUCUGUUGCUUUCUGGUGUUGUUCUCACAUUUCCAGACUAUUAUCCUCUUUUUCUUUUGAUGUAUAAUCUGUGACAUUGCC